AGUAUGUCUCACAUAACUGUGGAGAGGAACCGAAGAAGACAAAUGAAUGAGCAUCUCAAAGUCCUACGAUCCUUGACCCCUUGUUUCUAUAUCAAAAGGGGAGACCAAGCAUCUAUAAUAGGGGGAGUAAUAGAAUUCAUCAAGGAGUUACACCAAGUUCUACAUGCAUUGGAGGCCAAGAAGCAAAGGAAGAGUAGUCUAAGCCCUAGCCCAAAUGGUACUCCUACUACUCCAAAGCCAAUACUGCUAACACAGCCAACCAUAACUCCUCAUGAACAUCAUACUCCAUCUGGGUUUGAUCUGAAUGCUAAGGAACUGGUUGCAUGCUGCAACUCUCCGGUGGCCGGCGUGGAAGCGAAAAUCGCGGGUUCCAACGUGAUCUUGAAAGUGGUGUCCCGAAGAAUUCCAGGACAGAUUGUGAGGGUAAUCAGUAUGUUGGAGAGAUUUUGCUUUGAGGUGCUUCAUAUCAACAUUAGUAGCAUGGAAGACACUGUUCUAUACUCUUUUGUCAUUAAGAUAGGAGUGGAGUGUCAGCUGAGUGUGGAGGAACUUGUGGUUGAAGUUCAACAAAGCUUCUUUGCAGAAACAAUUUAA